GUGAGAACUAUCAACUUCCCGAAGAGUGUUCUUCGUCCGUUUUCUUUGUUCACCAGCAUGGUCAUCGACGAGUCGACUGACAAAUGUGACAACGCCUUCCUCUACCUCGGCGACCCCCUGUUCCCAGGUCUCCUCGUCUACGAUGCCAAGAAAGAUGCCGCUUGGAGGUUGAGCCACCCCAACAUGUUCGCUGAGCCAGACCAUGCCAGAUUUGAGCUGUUCGGGGAGUCUUUCACGUUGAUGGACGGACCAGUAGGGAUAACUCUUUCUCCGAACAACGAGAAGCUGUACUUCCAGUCCUUUGCCUCGAACAAGAUCUACUCGAUCUCAACUUCGGUGCUCCGAGGGGGACCCAGAGGCCCCGGGUUCCCGGACGCGGAUCUCCCCAGCGUGAAACUGGAGUUCGUCAAAUCCUCCCAAGCAGCCCCCCUCGCGACGGACCCCCUCGACGGCUCCAUCGUCGUCGCCCCCUGCAACGACACCGGCAUCAUCUCUUUCCCCGGGACCAACGACCCCAG